GAAGAGAGAUGCCUCUGCAUCUGUGCCUUCUCCCUCCUUAUUUCUCUUAAUUUCUAAACUCCCUUUCACAAUUCCCAUCUCUUCCCAAAACUCUGAAAAAACCUACAUGUGUUUUGAAUUAGAGACAAGACUGGUCAUGGCUUCAUCAAGAAAGAGCCCAAUAGGGCUGAAGAUUUUAGUGACUCUGAUGCUCAUCCUGUUCUCAUUUUUCCCUUUUAAAUCAGUUGGGUCAGUGUUUGGGAGAGGGAAGCCAAUGAAAAUGGUGUUGGGUUCAAGGCCUCCAAUGUGUGUGAACAAGUGCUUGAGUUGCAGACCAUGCAUGGCUGCUUUGGUUACUCCUCCACACCACCAAAUUGAUUUGAGAAGAUAUCAGGGAGAUGAAAGUUACUAUCUGCUGGCAUGGAAGUGCAAAUGUGGAGACAAGUUCUAUCAACCUUGAAGAUUAUUGUAUAGUAUGAGCUGAAGCUAGCUAGCUAGUUCCUUAGCUGAGAAAAAAGAGGGAAAGUAGAAGCUAAGUUGUAGUGGAGACUGAAGAGAUUCGGCCUAUUUGUAUCCUUUGUAUUUAACUCUAGAAAUAACUUUUAUGGCAAAUGGCAAGCACUCUCUAUCAAUCUAGACUACAGAGAAUAUUAAUGAUAUAUCUUGUAUUUAUUCUAGCCCUAUAAAUUUUGGUUAAGGUU